AAAAACAGCUCGCGAGCGAUCACAUUCAGCAGGCGUGGCGUAGCAAAAAAGUCAAGGAAAUGAAGGAGGAUUUGCAGGCGAAGCUGAACCACGCCGAGGAGCUGAUCACGCAAUACAGUAUUAACGGAGAACAAGAACACAACUCCAAACCCGACAAAAAUCAUGGAAUCACAACAGCAAACGGAGCCGGUGCCAGCACGUCGUCCCCAGGCCCGAAAAGCCCCUCCGGAGCCGGGUUAUCUACUUCCUUCGGACGGCCGAACAAGGCGAAGGCAUCCACGAGCCGCUUCCUGGGCACCACUUCCGCGAGCAGCAGGCAAAUCCGCGAACAGAACGAAAGGCUGGACCAGGAAAAUAGAGACUUGCAGAAG